AGAAAAAAGUCGUUCAGUCAAGUGUUAUGACUUUAGUCAAAUUUCAUGAUGAAGUAUCUUGUUUUAUUUUAGUACAACUAACUUUAUUAAUUUUAUCAACUUUAUCAAAUACUGAAUUUUUUAUAUGGCUUCUGAAGAUAGGGAACUUCGUGAUGCUGUCAAAAAUGCUAAAUCAGCUUUUUAUACAAAUAAAAAAAGACAAAAAAAAUUGUCUCGAAAAGAUGCUCGUCGUAAGAACAGAUUGGAGAAAAAGAGUAAACAACAUGAAUAUCUACUGAAAAAAUAUAGCAAAGAAGUAGAGCAGCCACCUGAAAAUGCAGAAAUAAAGAAGAAAAGAAAGCGUAAAAGAAAGAGAAAGGUUCAAACAGUGGAAGACAAGGAUAUAGAUUUAGAAAGAGCUGCUUAUGAGGCUGCAAACAAGCAGGAUGAGAAAAUCCUCUCAACACUUGGAAAGAAAUUAAAAGUCACAAACAAAACUGAUCUUAUGAAAAUGUUUAAAGAAGAUGGGUUGGAUUAUAUAUUGGAAGUUUGUGAGCCGUUAUCACAAGAACAGUAUGAUAAUAGUUCAGAUGAAGAAUACAUGGCAAGUAAAACAGCAAAAAAAAAGAAGACUUUAACAAAGAAGAAACUAUCAAAUGAUGAUGAUGAUGAUGUUGAUGAGAAUGUUGAUCGUAACCAUCAGUUGUUGUUUGAUGAUGGAACAGCAUAUGAAGAUGAAGAAAUAUUAGCUCAAGGUUCAAUCGCUGACAGUGAUGAAGAAGAUGAUGAUGAUCUCGAUAAACUUUCAUCUGCAGAAGAAACAGAACAUUUAGACGAAGAAGUCAGCAGCGCAAAUGAAGAAGAAGAAGAAGAUGUGAAGGAAUCACAAAACGUGACUAAAUAUGUUCCACCCGCAUUACGAAAACUGAAGCAGAAAAACGAAGAUCAGGAUAAAAUAAAACAGGACCGCAUCAAAAAGAAACUCAAAGGAUUGCUAAACAGAGUAAGUUCUGCUACCCUGCCUGGUGUCACAUCCAACAUUGAAAAGUUAUACUUAGAAAACAGCAGAAAUAUGAUGAAUGAGAUAUUAUACCAGCUAAUAUGUGAUGCAUGCAUCAUGGAGUCAUUAGUACCACAGAGAUUAGUAAUUGAACACAUAACUAUAGUUGCAGUCUUACAUAACACCAUUGGCUCAGAAGUCGGAUCAUACUUUCUUCAAAUGUUGGUUGAGAGAUUUUGUUCAUUGCAUCAGGAUGGACCAUCGUAUGGCGAGGGAAAACAAUGUCAAAAUAUUUUACUCUUGUUGACGUCAUUGUAUUUAUUUAAGGUGGUGGACUGUUUGUUGGUAUAUGAUAUAAUUCAAAGACUACUGAAAAAUUUUCACGAACAAGAUAUUGAAAUGAUUCUGCUGAUACUGAAGGUUUGUGGUAGUGAAAUAAGAAAAGAUGAUCCAGGAACGUUAAAGGAUAUUAUUCUUCAAGUUCAAGCAAAGUCAAUAACAUCGCAAGUACAAGAUCAAUCACGCGUCCGAUUUAUGUUGGAAACCAUUAAUGCAUUGAAAAACAACAACUUGCGCAAGAUCCAACAUGAUUCAACAUUACUAGAAGAAGCAAGAAAAGUUUUCAAGCUAUCAUUAAAAGGAAAAGGAAACAGCUCUGGUGUCCAGUUAAAAGUAUCAUUGGUUGAUCUCUUAAAUGCAAGAGAAAAAGGUAAAUGGUGGGUGGUAGGGGCUGCGUGGACGGGACGAGAACCAACGGAGAAAACAGAAUCGACAAAUAAUCCACAAACCGACGAAGGAUCUCGUGUUUUAGAAGUUGCGAAGAAACAAAGAAUGAAUACAAACCUGAGAAAAAAUAUUUUUUGCACAAUGAUGACUAGUGAGGAUUACGCAGACGCUUUUGAACGCUUGUUAAAGUUGAAUCUAAAAGAAAAACAAGCACGUGAAAUAAUUCAUGUUCUCCUUGAUUGUUGUAUGCAGGAACAGACGUACAAUCCUUUCUACGCUCACCUGGCUGGUAAAUUUUGCGAAUAUUCCAGAAGUCAUCAGGUAACGUUACAGUACACGUUAUGGGACCGCUUCAAAGUACUUUCAACUUUAUCGAAACAUAAUUUAAACAACAUGGCUUUGUUACUUGCUCAUCUGGUGUCGUCAAAACAUCUAUCCCUGGCAGUGUUAAAGGUUGUAAGUUUUGGAGUUCUUGAUAAACCUUCGAUCAAAUUUUUUAUCAACUUCUUCAAGAUAUUGUUACUGCAAUACCCAGAAACAGUUUCCAAGGCUGUGUUUCAACGAAUCUCGAACGAUCAAAAGCUCUCCCUGCUACGCGAAGGUGUUAAAGUAUUUUUGAAACAUUUUUUGUACCCAAGAAAAACAAGCGAUGAGGGCUUUGAUAUGCAGCAAGAAAAAAUAAAAGAACUAAUCGAAAUAUCUGAUGCUGCGUUAGAUGGACACGAAUAUGUACCUCUAUGAA